GAGACGUGACGUUUUGGAGGCAAAACAAAUGUCCCCUGAGACGAAGCGUUGGUUAGUGGUCGAUAAUGUGUUCUACAUGUGUUUAUACACACUUUCCAGAGCGCGUUUAAUAAAUAUGCAGCGCAUCUGACCAUGUUAAGAAGGUCAAACGUGUAUUUAGCCACAUGGAGACCAAAGCCUCUGUGUUACUGAACGCUGUUCCUCCUUACGGACACGUUAUCGCAGGCGAGAAAUGGAGAAACUCGUCUCUCAUUCAAAGCUUGAAGGGUGGAGGCGUGAAAAUCCUCUUUGAGAAUGAGCUCGCUGUGGCAGAUUUCCACCUUCCUAACAAAAGCUGCAUCCUGUAUGUGUCUGAGUGCGACGUUAUAGCAGGAAGCAGCUACAAGAGGAAGCUGGUUCGCUACAGAAAUGCCAGCAGCAGUUUCCAGAAGCUGGUGUUGGUGGAAAACACCAGACUGAGUGAGCAGUACUUCUCUGCUGUGCAGAAGUUUGUGGUGUUUGACCUCGGCCUGACUUUGCUGCCGGUCGGCGGGCAGACGGAGGCCUCACAGCUCAUCACUCAAAUUGUCCACAGGGACGGCAGAGAGAACCCCUUCAGGAGGGCGAGUUCCUCUCGGCUGUUGGACCCAGUGGUCCUGGCUGUGGUCCAGCAGGUCCCCGGGGUGGGCAGGGUAAAAGCUCUGGCCCUGCUGCAUCACUUCUCCAGCAUCCAGCAGCUCUGCGAGGCUGCCCCCGCCGAGAUGGAGCCCAUUGUAGGUCAGGCAGCUGCUCAGCAAAUCCACAGCUUCUUCCACAAACCCAAUGCUGCUGGAACAUGAAGGGGGUCCGCAGGCCUCUGCUCUGGGUCUUUGUUUAACCAGGGAGGUUUGGACUUAAAGGUACUAGUUACCUUUUUCUUUGCUACUGAAACUUGGCUUAAUUCUGUUUUCACUGGUUGGUGGUUCGACACUAAAAACACUUUGGCUCUCGUGGACACUAACUCUGUAUUUGCUCUUGGGCUGUCAGCAAAUAGCGACUAAGCUCUCUUUGAAAUCUGCACUUUUGGAUCAAUAGAUAAUAAAUAAAUAUGAGUCAUUUUUUCAUUC